AUGCAAUUUUGUGUUAAAGAGAAGAUCCAGGUAGUGAACCAAACAGGAAUCCUAGUGUACCAAUGUGAUGCGUGUCCAAAGGAAAUGGCCAACAAGCUGGACUAUUUUAAGCAUAUGAGGGGCCACCAUGGGGAGAAGAUGUUGAUCUGUAGAUACUGCAGUGCCUUCCGCAGCAAAGAAAUGAAAUUCUAUAUUGACCAUCUGUUGAGACACAAAGGCAUCAGUCCACACCUGGUUAUCUGUGAAUUUUGUGGAAAGAAGUUAAAGUCAUUCAGAGCAAUGCAGCUACACAAGGCAUCCAUGCAUACGCCCAUCAAGUCAUUCAAGUGUGACCAGUGUGAGAAAUCAUUUGGUGCAGACUUCCUCUUGCAGCAACAUAUAGUGCAUCACAAGAAAGAAAUACAAUGUGACAUCUGCUCCAAGAGAUUCUCAACAAAGGGGGCGCUUAAUGCUCAUCUUGUGAUCCAUACUGGUGAGAGGAAGUUUAAAUGUAAAUCGUGCAGGGAGGUAUUUAAACAUAGAUUUCUACUGAUGCGGCACUACAAAGAUGAUAAAGACUGUGCUGUUAAAGCAGACAUUGAUGUUCCAGUGUUUAGCUGUGAUAAAUGUGGCCAGGAACACUCGACCAAACAGAACUUGGACCGUCAUAAAGCUAGGAAACACAACAUUCAAGCAAAAGGAGAAUUCCACUCUUUUAAAUGUUCAUUAUGUAAUAAAAGUUACACACUAGAGUCAGAUCUGAAGGACCAUGUGAAACAGAGACAUAUCAAAGAUGUUAAAUGUCCACUUUGUGAGAGAUCAUUUGGACUGAAACGUACCUUGAAGGAGCACCUUCAAUCCCACACUGGAGAGAGACCCCAUAAGUGUAAGAUGUGUGAUAAGGCCUAUGCUCAAGCUUCAAGUUUACACAAACAUAAUCGAAUACAUCAUAAGAUACAAAAUAAAGAGACUAAAGAUAUCAAAAUAGAUUCGAUUCAUAGUUCAGAUCUGAUGAAAAAUGAAGGGAUUCAACAAAAUACUAAAAUUAAAGGAAAUCAAGGUGUCCAGACAUAUAUUGAAAAGGAGCACACAGGGAUCGAGCAGAAGCAUGAAGAGAUUAAAUAUAAAGUACAAAAGUUUUACACAGAAAUUCCAAUAGCAAAGACUGAUGAAACGAACCACAAUAGUGCAGAUGAUUGUGAAGCUCUUCAUGAAAUCAAGGGAAUUGAACUGAAACAUAGUCUUAAGAGUACAAUUUCCACAGAAGCCAAAGAGAUAGAAAACCAAGCUGAGAUGGAGCGACAAAUAAAAAUUGGGCAACAAGUAGGCAUUGGGCAACAGAUAAAAAUGGGACAAGGCAAAUUUGGCCAACAAGUAGAAAUGGGGCAACAAGUAGAAUCUGGGCGACAAGUAUGCAUAGGGCAACAAAUAGAAAUGGGACAAGUUGAAUUUGGACAACAAGUAGAAAUGAGGCAACAAGUAGAAACUGGGCAACAAAUAGGCAUAGGGCAACAAAUAGAAAUGGGACAACAAGUGGGAUUUGGGCAACAAAUAGAAAUGGGACAACAAGUGGAAUUGGGGAAACAAGUAGAAAUUGGGCAACAAAUAGUAAUGGGACAACAAUUAGGCAUGGGGCAACAGGCAGAGAUGGACCAACGAAUAGAAAUGAGACAAGUAGACAUUGGGCAACAAAUUGAGAUCGGGCAACAAGUAGAAGUUGGACAACAAAUAGAAUUAGGGCAACAAGCAGAUAUGGGGCAACUAUUUGCAAGUCAUGCAGAGACUGUCACUGUAAAAUCACCACCUUCUUAUCUUGCAUAAUUUGAAGGUCAUAUCGCCUCGCUAUAAACAUUUGAUUUGCAUACAUGUUCAUAGGAAUUCAGUAUUUUUUAAUUUUUUUUUUUUUUAAUUGGAAUUGUAAAUAAAAAUUUAUAUUAAUUAAUAGAUAAUAUAUAAAGAAUUGUUGCUGUUAUAAUGAUAAAUACAUGCAUACAGUUACAGUAUACAGGGUGGGCCAAAAAUGUCUACUUUUUUUUUUU